AUGAAAUAAAAUGAUCUAAGAUUUGCUAUAGCCUCCCAAGGAGCCACUAUUUGCGUGCAAUUCCUCCACCCACUCGAUGUCAUCAAGACAAGAAUGCAAAGUAACUAACCUUUUCAAUUUUUAAAAAAGGUCACGAUGGUCAGACACACAAAAAUUUAGUACCUAAAUAUGGCAGUAUAUCAAAUGCAAUUAAAUAAAUAUAUAAAGAAGAAGGUCUCAAAGGAUUUACCAAAGGGAUAUUUUGGUCCUUGUGUGCCAACAGCAUAGCAAGAGUUCUAUUUUUCGUUUUGUAUUUUGUGCCUCUUAGUAUAUAGUUAUGAGAGCAAAAAAGAAGAAUGUAAUUCCUAUUUUGGAAAUGGUUCUAAAAAAGGAAUUCUGAUUGCCUCUAUAUAUGCCUCCCUUCUUGCUCAAUUAAUGACAUAGCCUCUGUGGGUUACACUAACGAGACUGCAAUUAAAUGUUGGAAAAAUGAAUGUAAUAAUUAAAUGCUCAUUCAAGGGUUUCGAAAAUGUCAAAUUUACUAUUCGGCAAAUCUAUAAUCAACAUGGAGUGUUGGGUUUUUAUAGAGGUCUAAAAAUGGCCUUAUUCACUUCAUGUCAUGGGAUGAUUCAAAUAAAUUGCUAUGAAUGGUGCCUAUCUCUUUUGAAUCAACUUGAGCAGCAUAAAGAUUUCAAUGCCUUUGUAGCUGGAGGAUUUUCUAAAGGAUUUGCAAUUUGUUGCACUUAUCCAAUGACCACAAUUAAAACUAGAAUAAUAUAAAAUUAAUAUAUAGGAACAGAAAAUCCGAAGUAUAAAAAUAACUUUGAUAUUGCCAAUAAAAUCUUAGAACAUGAAGGCUUUAGAGGAUUUUAUAAAGGGAUCACGGCUUCUGUGCUUAAGGGAAUGCCUUCGAAAGCUAUAUAUUUUUUCUUUUAUGAACAUUUUAAGGAAAUGCUUAAUGUAGGAAGAACAAAAAACAUUAAUUGAAUAUGAAUGUUUAUAUUUAAC